AUGGAAUGCAAUGUUUGUGGCGGGAAGCGCUACGUAUGCAUUGAUGGCUUUUAUUACUGUGCUGUUUGCAGCACCCAGUCGCAAACUCAGGUUGAGUACCUGGCGGAGGAGACACUGAGGAAGUCGCACUUAUGUGAAGAAGUGAAGACAAAAGACGAGCGAUGUACGUCCGACCAAGGUGCUGUUACGGCGCCCUCAGAGUUAACGUUUUUUAGCGAGAUGUUAUGUGAGCAGAGCGAGGAAGUGGUUUUUUACUUGUUGUUGCUAAUGCUGAAGAAAUCAGAAAAACAGAAAAACCAUGAAAAUGACGAUGAGGAACUUUCUGAAGCUCUUUCUGUCAUGGCCAUGUAA